AUGCAAGAAGGUUUUAUUGAAUGUGUCGACGAUGAUAGUACAACAUUUGAAAAGAAUGAUUAUGAAGAAAAACUUGACUGGAUAUUAGCAAGUCAACCACUUCUUUCAUUUAUAUCAAAUGUCGAAACUUAUCUAACAAUCGGCACAUUAAGUGGACAUAAACCAUUAACCUUCGAUAUUCCAAUUGGAGUUCCACCAAAACCAACAUCUCCAAGAAUAUCUCUUAAUUUUAAAGCAGCAAAAUGGUCAAAAUUUAGAAGCACAUUAGGUCAACAGCUGAUGUUAUGGAAUAAUGAUGGUCGUUUAGAUUCAACAUUAGACAUAGAAGAAUAUACGUCAUUUAUUACCAACAGCAUAAUGGUAGCAACACAAGAAGCCAUUCUACCAACUAAACAAAUGAAUACAAGCUAUACACUAAGUGAAGCAUCGAAGAGCUUGAUCAAAUUAAAACACCAAGCAUAUCGAAGAUGGAAGAAAACUGGAAAUAAUAUGGAUAAACAUCAAUAUUAUAACUACAAAGUCCUAUUAACAAAUUCACUUAAAAAUGACAGAAGAAAGAACUUAAACAAGUUAAUGUCGUCUUUAUGUCAGAAGAAAAUGUAUUCAGAUGCAGUUUGGUGA